AUGCCACGCAGUACGAGAACGGAUUUUAGGUCCAAUAACAAGGAUGUCAAUCAAUCAAAUCAACCGUUUUUUGGCCAUGGUAAGCUGUUUUGUUAUUAUUUUUUGACUUUAGACGAGAUUUCCAAUUUUUUUUUAUAUUAUUCAUGGCAAGAGUCUUACAAACCGUUUUCAGGAGGCAGAAACAACGAAAUCGGACGAUGGAAAAGCCGUGUGGUAGGUGCUAAAGGAGGUAAGAUUUGAUUUAAGUAUUAUUAUUCUGUUUUUAGGUAAUAAAUUGUUGCCUGGAAUUCGGUUUCACUCCAGUCGGCCGUAUUUUUGCUCAACAUUAUGUCCGUUUCGAUGCUUGGAUUAG